AUGGGCAGCAUCGAUGAAGGCAGUAUGAUGAACGGGAUUUCUGGCCUACCAUUCAAGUUGAAGAAUGCCGAGCUUUUCCGACAGCAGAGCUAUGUUCACGGGCAAUGGAUUGAGUCGAAGGCAGGUGGUUGGUUUAAUGUCGUAGACCCUGGAACUGGCGAGGCUUGGGCCUCAUGCCCUAACUUCACCCCUGGAGACGUUGAUUCCGCUGUUCAGUCUUCCCAUGACGCUUUUCAGGCAUACAAGAAGGUCAAUCCACGAACAAAAGCUCAGAUGCUACUGAAGUGGGAUUCGUUGAUCCGAGAACAUCGUGAAGACCUUGCCCUGAUUCUCACUUACGAGACUGGUAAACCUUAUGCAGAAGCAUGUGCAGAAAUCGACUACGGUGUCUCCUUCGUGGGGUGGUUUGCUGGGGAGGCAGAGCGGAUCAAUGGAACUGUGCAUGUUGCGUCAGUACCCAACAGGCGUGUUUUCACCGUGAAGCAGCCGAUCGGUGUAGCUGUCGGCCUGGUACCAUGGAAUUUCCCAAUUGCAAUGUCACUUCGCAAAGUUGCUGCAGCACUAGCAGCGGGCUGUACCAUGAUUGUCAAACCAUCUCCGGAAACGCCUUUCACUACACUCAGUCUGGCCUAUUUGGCGGAGAAGGCAGGUUUUGCACCGGGCGUGUUCAAUGUCGUAACGACUGAUUUGAACAAUACUCCGUCUGUCUGCGAGACACUUUGCAAGCAUCCACUUGUCAGCAAGGUCACCUUCACUGGGUCAACUCGGGUUGGCAAGCUGAUUGCGAAGCAUUGCGCAGAGGGACUUAAGAAGGUGACUUUGGAGCUGGGUGGAAAUUGUCCGUAUAUUAUCUUCGACGAUGCAGAUCUCGAGCACGCGUUGACACAGCUGAUGGCAUUAAAGUUCAAGCAUGCCGGACAAGUGUGCGUGACCGCCAACCGCGUAUACGUGCAGUCAGGAGUCUACGACAAAUUCUCAGCAAUGCUUGCGGUGGCAACGAGGAGUCUGAAGAUCGGGCAUGGCACAGAUGCUAGCACUACUAUCGGCCCUGUUACGACUCCGCAGUCCCUGGAGAAGCUUAAGCGACAGGUUGAGGACUCCCAAGGCCUUGGAGGCCAGGUUCUGGUAGGCGGAAAGCAAGUACCUGGUAGCCAGGGCUAUUUCUUUGAACCCACUGUCAUAACUGGCAUGACGGCAGAUAUGCUCUUGACCAGGGAGGAGACAUUCGGCCCAAUCUGCGCGUUGUACAAGUUCGAUACUGAAGACGAGGUCGUGAAAUAUGCGAAUGAUACCAGCAUGGGCCUAGCCAGCUAUUUCUUUACCAAGUGCGUGGAUAGGACCUGGAGAUUGCUGGAGAAUCUAGAGGCAGGGAUGAUUGGCAUGAACACGGGCAAUUCCUCCGGGGCUGAAAACCCCUUUGGCGGCAUCAAGCAGUCAGGCUAUGGCAAAGAAUCAGGCAAGGAUGUUGCGGUUGCCGAGUACCUUGUCACUAAGACCGGGACACUGACAUUGGACGACCACUACUAG